UUCAAGUAACACACGAGAUUUACAUCUUUUACAAUACAUUCAGCUUCACUGUUCGUCAUGCGCAGUGGCAAAAAUCAAUAAUGAAUGUCGAUUGUGCGUGGAUGAAAGAGCGACUUCAUUCUAAGGCAGUUGGGAAUCCCCGAUUCUGUGCCAUGACACUGAAGUGCUAUCAAUCGACUGGCCAAGCUACCAUGAGUUCUCGGGGAGAGAGUGACCUUAACUUACAUCAUAGCGUGAUUGUAUUAAAACAUAUCGGUGUUUCAGGUGUACUGGUGUAAUAGGAGGAACCCUAGGAGGAUUACAAAUUCAUUCACAAUCUAUUUAUACAAGGCCACAUGCAACCCAGUAACAGGAGACCGGAGCCUGAUGUAAACACACUGUAAAAAAUGAAACCGUUCAAUGGACAAGCGAAGAUGUCAAACGGCACUGGUGAACAUGGCUGGCUGAACACUGUCAAAGCUGGAUACAAGCGAUGGAUUCUGGACAAGAUUGGACCUCCAGUGCCAGAGGAGAGGAAUAACACUCUUCUGAUCAACAUGGUCAAAAGUAUAGGGUGUAUGUUUUCAGUAAUUGGUGUGAUCACGACUAUGAGGUGGAUGCUGUCGUCUGCAUCCUCAAAUGUUCUCUUAGAAAACGGAUCGCUGACGUCAGCAGAACAGUGCACUGAUAUCAAUCACGAGAAUUGCCCGUGGUCUCACGUGUUUUCAGACUUAACCAAUCGUCUUCAUUUGAUGGAAAUGGCGUUCAAGGAGCAAGUGGUGGCGCGAGAGACAAUCGAGCGUGAAGUCAACAACCAGUCGGAUUUGAAUACAUAUUUAAAUGACAAAUUAGCCUUAUUCAACGAGAAAUUGGAAAAUAUUAGCAGGCAAUAUGAACAUAUGGAAACUAGGGUGUCACAGUUGGCCUCAAAGCUCAGAUAUGACGAAAUACUGGGACUUAUUUUAUUUCUUCUCGUACUGACCGAGCUGAUCUUAAAACUGGAGCCGUUUGUCCGCCAUUGGCUUGCCACGCGGGGGGCUGUAAGGGCGUCUCCGUCAGUGUCAACACCGCGCAGGUCUAAUGGCAAGGAGAUGUCUGGUAAAAAGGGCUCAUCUGGCUGUUCGACACCAAAACACAUUUUCCUGAGGAACGAAAUGUGUGUGCUUCUCUUCCGGAAAGAAAAUAACAAUAUUUUCACGUCUUUGAUUGAAGCGAUGCUAAAGAAUUUUACAGAAGUGAAGCUAGCCUCAAACCCAUUCUUCAUAAUUGAAAAUAUCAAUGACGUAAAAAACGUCCCGCCCGUGAAAUUGUAUGUGGUGAUAUGUGACUGUGAGGUGUCCUCUGGUAAAACCAACGGCUGGGAUCUCCAUAUAGCGGCCAUUAAAGUACUCAGGACUAUCACAGUGAAUGUAGUCGUCAUUGUAGCUAACGAUGAGGGGUCCAAAAAGAUGGUGGCACAUUCUAUGUACAAUGAGAAUCUUCGCCUUGUUCACCAUUUCGACUUACUGCACGACAUGGCUGCUAGUGGUAAGCUCUUCUCUAUGUGGCAGGAGAUGUCCUCCCACCAGAUGAGUCAUCUCCGCAAGUACAUGAGGACUGUGUUGAAUGUUCGGCCGAGUCUCACUCCAGUAAGAUGACUUUCGUCCGAAAUGACGACAUAGAAUCUGUGGGCAGUGAGGGAUGACAUAGGGUAUCGAGCAGAUUAACAAAUAAUCCAUGAAAUAACGAGGAGCUGUUAAUUGUGUGACGGAAUAACGAUGUUGUUGAUUGGUCAAUGCAAUAACGACGUUAUUGAUUGGUCAAUUGAAUCACGUCGUUGUCGAUUUUUAAUGAAAAACUUUUGAUUUGCUAAUGUAAUGACAAGACGUUGUUUAUAGAAUUAUAUUGUAUCUUAUGUUUUUAGGAACAGUUGUCAUGAUAAUGAUCUCAGAUUAGAGUAACAGAUGUGUUGUUUAAAGACAGACGAAAGAACGGAAAUGUCAUUGUAGUGUUGUGGGAGUUAUCGAACUUUAUAUAUGCAAGAAACAUGUUUGUGUUGAAAUGGUUUCACAUAGAAUGAAACAAAAGAAUUGAAUGAAUGAAAAACUGCUACCUGACCGCAAACAUUAUUGUAUAUGAACUGAAAUGCUAUAUAUUAUAUUGUCUUUAUAUAUAUAUUUUCACAUGACAUACAUGGUCAUAAUUGUUAACAUUAGGGCUGGUUAGCAAUGUUGGAACACCAACGACGCAUCAAGUUAUAUUGAAAUGUUAGUAAGUACUCCCUAGAAAUGAUGCAUAUUUCAUUUCUAAGCGUUGCUUAAAAACAAAGUCAAAUGCUCCAUUACAUAAUUUCUAUACCUUUCUGAUAUUUGAAUUCUCCUUUAAGGGUAUUACGUUUGGUUGGUUAUCUAGUGCCAAUAAAUAUAGAAAUGAAACAAUAAUCACGUGAUUUACACGUGGAGCGGUAUUAACAAUCUAGUUCAGUCCUCGUCCUUUCGAUGUUUGCCGACACAGGCUGACAUACAACUGUAGAUUUACUGACGAGAAAACCAGUCAGCGUGGCAGUUUUUCAUUCAGUGAUAAUCCUCAAUCAACUGUUCAUAAGCUUACUUUACAUAACAUCGUUGUAUGAUUUCAACUAGGGAAUAUAAGCGCAAUGCCAAUGUUGUAGGUGUAAGUUCGUCUAAAUAUGGUCAAUUUGAUUACAGUGGGAUAAGCUUGUACACAGUUAAGCAGCAGUUUGGCUCACUUUAAUGUCCAAACCUUCAUUGGACUGGGUUAAACAAUACUUUUAUACAACCAUACACAUUUCUGGUCAUACAUCUGGACAUACCAGGUUAUUUACUCUUAUUUCCUGAAAAUAAUCAUUUUGAUUUUGGUGACAUUUCGUGACAUCCACUUGUUCUGAUUACUAACGCUGAUAUCAUCAACAGCAUAAUUUAAAAGGAUAUUACGUGUCACUAUAAAUGAGAAACCUCCUCGAAAAUAUGGGCAGUUUGGGUACAUAAAUAACCCUUUAAUACUCUUAAAUAGAGGGGAGAUAAUUCAAUAGAUACCAAUAAUAAUUGGGUAUUUAUUGUUCUAAUUCUUUAUUUAUUUAAUGAGGAUCACAAACAGCCCUAGGGCUACGAGAUGCUCUCCUCAACACAUAAAACAAUACAGUAUGUACCAGACGUAAUCAUAACACACGCUCUCUCACUCACACAUACAUUCCAUAACAUAGAGAAGAUGAGGUGGAGAGGAAGGAUGAGGAUAGAGGGAAAGAGGUAAAGCAAAGAAAGUGAAGGAGGUGUGGAAGGGUGGGUAUCUGCCCAGACUACGAUCAUGUAUAUUUAGUAUGAACGUAUACGAGUUCGACGCUAUCAUUAAAGACAUAUUUAUAUUUAAAGUUAUUUGAUAAUAGUGCAUUGGCAUUCUGUUAAAUAUAUAUAAUGUAAUUAUAAACUCCCCGGCCUUAGCGAUUUAUCUAGCAAACACUUGUGAAGGAGAUGUUUCGGUCCAUGAACUUCCCUGAGCCUUUUGAUUGUUUUGAAGAUGACAUAUAACCGCCGUACAUAAGCUUAUUUCCAUAUACGAUAUACAUUACCAAUUUUCUAUUUGGUGCAAGGUUUUUUGUUUUUUGUUUUGUUUUUUUUUACAGAUAGAAAACCUGUUUUAUUGUUUUAUGGUCGACUGGGCAACCAAUGUCGGGCUGGAUAUGGGCUCAGUAUAUCUCACUUCAUUAGCUUCGCAAUCACAAUACGAAAAUGUGGAACACUGACACAUCCAUAAUUAUUAUGGAGGAUAAUAAUAAGGUUACGAUAACUUGCGCCCUAUCCUUUUGUGUCGUACAAUAUAAUUGAUAGAAAUAGUAAGCAUGAUUCCUAUUAAUCAGGUUAAUGGUACAAAAGGAUACCGCGUGUUAGACAUUGGACUAUUUCAUUCAACUAAGCGUGAGGUUUCAUGCUCGUGCAACUACUAAUACCGGUCAUGGCACGACUACAAACGUCAUCGCUUCACGAGCAUGAUUUUUAACGACACAUGUUGACUGAACACGUCGUCAUCAGGACAGGCUGUGACUAUACACGUUAUUGUCAGGCUACGUGUUGAAUGUACACGUCAUUGUCAUGCCACUUGUUGAAUGUACACGUCAUCGUCAGGCCACGUGUUGAAUGUACACGUCAUCGUCAGGUCACCUGUUGAAUGUACACGUCAUCGUCAGGCCACGUGUUGAAUGUACACGUCAUCGUCAGGCCACCUGUUGAAUGUACACGUCAUCGUCAGGCCACCUGUUGAAUGAACACGUCAUCAGCAGGGCACAGGUUGACAAUACACGUCAUCAUCGGGCCGCGCCCUGACUUUACACGUCAUUAUGACACUUGUUGACUGUACACGUCAUCAUAAUAUGACACACGUCGACUAAUUACCUCAUCAUGGUAUGUGUUGACUAUACACGUCAUCAACAGAACACGUACUGACUAUAUACGUGAUAAUCAUGAUACGUAUAGACUGCACACGUCAUGAUCAGGAUACGCAGUGACUAUACACGUCAUCACAAUGACACGUGUUGACUAUGCACGUCAUCAUCAGGACACGUGUUGACUAUAUACGUCAUCACAAUGACACGUGUUGACUGUACACGCCAUCAUCAGGACACGUGUUGACUAUAUACGUCAUCACAAGGACACGUGUUGACUGUACACGUCAUCAUCAGGACACGUGUUGACUAUAUACGUCAUCACAAUGACACGUGUUGACUGUACACGUCAUCAUCAGAACACGCGGUGACUGUACAUGAUAUCAUAUUACGUGUUGACUUUACACGCGUUGUCUAUAUAAACACACUUAUCAUUUCUCUGCCAGUCAUCUAACAGGUAUAGAUAGUUAUCAUUCGAUAGUGGUUCGGGAGUGGUAUGUGCAUAUCAAUGGGUAAUUGAGAUUCAUAUUGUGAUUAUAGAAUUGAGUAACAAACAUCUAUAAAUAUCGAGUGAAAUAGUUUGGGCGUGAUUUAAUUAUUGGGUAAAAGUGUGACCAUCAUUAUGUGUUUGAGUGUAUAUACUGGGAGAGCGAGAUUAGAAUGACGAUUGAUGUAAAUAAGACGUUUACGUCAAUAUAAAUUGAUUACUAUUGUAAACGUUGUACAUAUGGCAGUAUUUUAUUGAAUAAAAUGCCUGUGAUAACAUUUAA